CUUAUAUGUCGGUAGAGUCUGUGUGUGUGUAGUGUGAUACGCAGUGCGCCGGAACUGCCGACCUAACCAAACCUUGUUAAGGAGGGAGACCAGGGAAGGAGAAAACGUAUUCGGCGUAGUGGUCUCGUUGGUUGGUCAAGUCUACGGUUUGGAUUAUAAAUGAAUGCGAAUUCUAGGAAGCAGAAAGCAGACGACUUUAAUUCAUGGAAAUCAAACCAAAUGAUUUUGUAAACUGAUCUUGUUGUCAGCUGAUCGACUGACACUAUGAAAGCUUUUUGUAAUGGCAGAACAAGACAAAAAUAUGGUUGGAAACGCCGUGCAGCCGCGCGAAAACGAGGAUGAGGAUAUGGAGAACGGCGACGAGGUGGUGGACGAGGUCGAGGAGGUCAACGAGGAAGAAUUUAAAUCGUUGAAUGAUCAGAUAGAUCAACUGAAUGCAGUAUUGGACACCUUAGAGUCAAAGAAUGAUAACAUUCAUGCAGAAUUAAUUGAACUGUUAAAAUCAAAUCGAGAAGCCAGAAAGCAGUUUCAGGAAUCUCAGGACAAGCAACCGCAAGCAAAUGAAGAGGCGAAACCUUAAUUAAUGUUAAUUGUAAAAUGUAUUUAUAUAAAAUACCUGUAUUAUUUGUUAAGAUAUCAUUAUCUAGAUGAUAAUGGUAGAAUAUCUAUAUCUACUAUGUAAAAAUGCAUACAGGCUGAAACUAAGAUGGAAGUUACAUUCCUAACUGAAAUUUGUACAAAGAAAAGAGCAAAAAAUGGUUAUAAAUAUAUUAAAAAUAUUAUAUAUAAAAAUACAUAUAUAUUAAAAAACGAUCAAUAAAUUUCUGUUAUAAAAGUA